AUGAACCAAGCUCGCUUCAGCUCCCCCCUGCUGCAGCGGGACGGCCCGCCGGACCAGGACAGCGCGGUGUUCUGGUGUCGCUCCAGUGGAGGGUUCCCCAAACCCAUCGUGUCCUGGCUCAUCAACGAAACGGAGCAGCCCCCAGAGGACUCUGUCUGGACCCAGGUCGCCCCCGUCCCAGACAACAACCUCUACAACGUGACGAGCAAGCUCACCGUCAACAUCAGCAGCGACGACAGCGUGUCCUGCUCCAUCAUGAACCAGUGGAUGAACGAGACCCUCACCUCCAGGAGCAGUGGAGUGACAGACAACACGUUCCGGAGCCGUGCGUCUGAAGGCAUGUGGAUGUUCAGUACUGGACUGUGCGUUGCCGUGGGGAUCAUGGUGGGAGCGGGCGUGGCCUAUCAGAUUCACCUGGACCGCAUCAUUCGCAAAAAGCAUAAAUUCUUAGAAGAAACGGAAGAAGAAAUGUUGACGUCAAAAGAGACCAGUGUUUGA